GACAAGAGCUGGGUCAGUCUCCAACCGAGAGACGUGCCUGUAGUCACAGGGUUUAUCUAACACGUAGUCAAAACCACCCUUGCUCUCCUCACACAUCUAUCCGGGCGUGGAUCCUCUCUCUUAGCUAAUAGCGAGCCUGGACCUCCGAGUGACAACAUCGUGCGAAACCCCGCGCGCUCCGUCGUAAGAAAAGUGGGAGUAGCUACACUCUGAAGCGAAACUGCGGCCGGAAUGGUCGGAUAGAGGAGCGAAAGUCGUUUUUACACAACCAGCAGCAGGGAACUUUGUAUCCUGGCGCCGAGAAGAGCAACUUACACAGACGCGUUUUGAGCAUUCUGAAGGUUUCUCUCACAAUAUCUUAGGAGGCGACGGACGCGAAAUGAAGACGAUCACCAGUGCGCAACCGCCUCCUUGCAUGUCAGACCCGUCAUCUUUGGAUAUAACAGAUAUGCAAGGAAUGGGUUUUCCAUUGUACGUGUACAAACCCAGGAGGGGCAUGAAGCGUGGAGAUGACAGUAAAGAGACAUACAAGUUGCCGCACCGACUGAUUGAAAAGAAAAGGCGUGACAGAAUCAACGAAUGCAUUGCCCAGCUGAAGGACUUGUUGCCAGAACAUCUUAAGCUUACAACGCUGGGUCAUUUGGAGAAAGCUGUGGUGUUGGAACUCACUCUCAAGCAUGUGAAAUCCUUAAGUGCACUCCUGGAACAGCAGCAGCAGCAAAUUAUUGCACUGCAGAAUGGUGACCAGGGUGAUGACAGCACAGAAAGCAGUGAAGACAUGUUCCGCUCUGGCUUCCACUUAUGUGCAAGUAACAUCGUCCAGUACUUGGCCAGCCAGGAGAACAGCAGGUAUCUGAGCCCUUCCCAUGUCAUAAACCAUAUCCAAAAGAUCACAGCUGACGUUCUGCAGCAUCCAGUCAGUCCGCGCCCAGAGAAUCCCAUCUACAAAGCUCCCGAGAAGCUGGACAGACCUGCGGAGCAACCGCCCAGAGCAUCCGAAGGCCACGCAAAGAACUGCGUUCCUGUUAUUCAAAGGACUCAUCCCCAUGGAACAGGGGAGCAGAGUGGCAGUGACACAGACACUGACAGUGGUUAUGGGGGGGAGCAUGAAAAGCGGGACCCCAAAGCAUACAGGUCGGGAUCCCACACCAAGGAAGAUGAGCUGAAGUAUAUCAUGUCAGACAGGAUGGCUGGUGCCAUCAAGCAGGAGGGCAAUGAGCCAAAAGCCAAAAAGUCCAGAUUUGAUUCUACUGAGGAUGAGACUCUCCCCAGGCAACUGGCAGGAAGUUCUGGCAGCUACAUGAGUUUCUCCCCAAGCCAACCCCCAUUCUGCAUGCCCUUUUACCUCAUCCCCCCUACAGCAGCAACAGCAGCUGCAUAUCUGCCCAUGCUGGAGAAAUGCUGGUAUCCCGGUGGCAUGCCUGUAUUGUACCCGAACAUGAGUGCCUCUGCUGCUGGCUUGCAGCCAGAGACGCUCCCCCCAUCUCUGAUGAUGUCCCCAAGGGCCGGUUCCCCAGUGCCCCACCAGACUCCCAUGGACUCCCCUGCUCUUCUCCAUGCUUUAAAGCAGGUUCCCCCAAUUAACUUGGAAACCAAAGACUAAACAGAUUUGACAUUGCUCAAAUACUGCCCUCUGAAUGUUGUGGGGUUGAAUGGCUGACCCCGUGGAAAGCACCCAGGAGAGGGUGGAUGAAGACAAACGCACUGCCAUGAUGUCAACACCGCCCAUGGAAGCUGUUGAGUCUAUUAAAUCUCUCUCUGUUCUGAUUGCAAACAGUGACUUUAGCAGAACCCCGGUGGUCACCACCCUCUACCAUCAGCUCUUUAUACACUGAAAAGGGUACAGCUGGGGGCACCCUGAAGCUCUGCCCACAUCAAGGCUCGCAGAUCACCUGUUGCAUAGCUCUGAAACUAGCCCUGAGAAUUAGAUCGCAAGAGAUUAGAUGUGGGUUUUUCAGCUUUUAGGCUUUGCUUCUCUGCACUCCAUGUUGAAUGUCAGAUAUUCACCCAGAAUGUGAUGCACACAGCCCCUUAACCAUUCGGACACGUCCUUUGCACACAUACCAGUUUGUAAUGAAUGUAAAGAUUGAGCGUUAGCCCCCUGCACAUGCUGCUUGAACUAUUACCUGCUGUAGAUAGGUGACUCGAGGAUCUACCUAUAGCACCUGCCAGUCCAACAGACCGAUGUUUAUUUUUUUGGACUAGAAUGUUACCAAAUAGAUCUCUGGCUCGUGGCGACCAGAGAUCUCACAAAAUAUAUUGUUUUUGUCACCAACCACCUACCAUGCAGCUAAAUGGACGCAAGCGUUUAUUACUGUUCAAAGAAUUCAGGGCGUUGUCACUGUACUAGACGUGUCGCUCGUGUCUGUCGAAGAGUGAUGCAGCCGUACAAGCUUCUUAGAUUUAGGUUUUGUGACUUAUUACUAUUUGUUCAACUAGAUAAAAGUUCCUGUGAAGAAAUUUCGUGUAAUUAUUUUGUUUAUACUACUUGUACAUUUCUAUUUUUGAUACGUGACCCACUGAGUGUAUUUGCAUUGCUACUAGAGGGAGUUUGACAGAGUUGUUUGCUGUAUGCCAAGAGAAAAUGUAUAUUACAUAGCAUUAUGCUCAACCCACUUUGCAUCAUGCUAAAAAAAAAAAAAAAAAUCUGGUCAAGUCAAGUGUUUAUGAUGUUUAGUUUAUGAUGUUGCCUUUACUUGCUUAAAGCAGACAUGGUGAUUGUAGAUGAUUAUACGCAUCUGCAUUCAGUCUCAAGUCUGGCGAAGAAAGAGUGAAUGUAAUGUUCAAACAAAAAUAAUAGUUUUCUAUAGGAAGAGGUACUUUUUAAUUUUUAUUUUGAGAUGUAACACAAGGUUAUGUGUUGUAUAUAUUUUGUCUAUAAAGUAUUGAUAUACCAUUAAAGAUAUUAAUAAAGCUUUCUUUCUGUGGAA